AUGAGCACCCUUCUUCAGUCGACCCCGAGCAAUCUGUUUAGUCCUUCUGGCGAACCCUCUCCGAGACCGAGAUCGAGAUCCAUGGCUAUCCUGCCUCAGAACAACGACCCCUCCCCCAACUCGACUCAGGAAGAUUCGAUGCAGAUGAGCUCUCCGGCUCCUCCGAACAUGGGCCCUCCUGCUCAGGGGAGUCCAGAACUGGAACAAGGAGGGAGUGGAAGUGGAAGUGGACACAAGGACCAGCCGUCCGGUUCAGCAAACAAUACAGUGCCGGGAGCGGUGGGAGCCUCACAAGGACCUAAAGUCGUGCAGACAGCCUUCAUUCACAAACUAUACAGUAUGCUGGAGGAUCGAAGCAUCCAGCAUCUGAUCUCGUGGUCCAAUACCAACGAGAGCUUCGUCAUGUCCCCGUCCAACGAAUUUUCAAAGGUCCUAGCCCAGUAUUUCAAGCACACAAAUAUCUCGUCUUUCGUCCGGCAACUGAAUAUGUACGGCUUUCACAAAGUGAGCGAUGUCUUCCACACCGGGUCGCCCGAAUCUGCGCUAUGGGAGUUCAAACAUGGAAACGGCAACUUUAAGAAAGGCGACCUGAUGGGUUUGAGAGAGAUCAAGAGGCGCGCCUCGCGACAUACACUAAUACACCGGGAUUCUUUCUCCAAUGCGAAACCCGGAGUCUCGCAACCUGGCACUCCGGCCGAGGUCAUUCCCGAUACCGAUCAGCGGCUGGCGGGUCUUGAACAAGCCUUCUACGAUGUCCAUGCCCGGAUGCAACGGACAGAGGAGAACUACGCUUUGAUGAGCUCCAGGUGUCAAGCUUUGACCGAGAGUUUAGUCCGAUGUCACCAAUGGAUGCACAGCGUCACCGGUGCAAUGCAGACCAUGUCAUCCCCAGAAUCCGCCUUGUACGCAGACAUUACGAGCAUGCAAAAGGAGAUCUCGCGACAGCUCGAAUAUGUGCGCGGUUUGGAGACGUCGCAGGAUUUGCUGCAGACUAGUCGACAGUCAUAUUAUCCCAACAACGGCGCGCUGGAACCCCCUCUUUCCCCUCGGGGAUACAACUACCCUGACAGCCGAAGGUCGUCGGUCCAGAUUGAACCGCAACAUGUCGGACUGCGACCUCCAGUACCGAAUAUCCCGCCGCACUUCUCGUCGUCGCCGCGGCGCUUUGGCUCGAUGAGCAUUCCCCAUAAUUCUCCGGGCUUCAGCCGUCCUGCCCUACCACCACAUCCGCCUCAGAACGCUCAUCCCUUGUCGUCGGUAGCCACACCGCCGCCUCUGAGUCUGGCUCGACGGCACACCUCAGCUGAUAUCCGAGAGCACGGUUGGGCAGCAGCCAAUGCGAACGGGUCACCACUUGCUUCCGGGUAUUCGUCCGUGCAUUGGCAACCCUCCUCGCCGCAGCAGGCACCUCAAACGGGUGGAGAUCAGGCGAUUCGAGACCAGCUUGCCUCGUACGAAAUCAACGGUCCAAGACGACAGACCGUCACCGCCAACCAGCCAACACCCCCUUUGACCUCUGAAGCGCCUCCGGCCGGGCUGGGAGUGGAAAAUGUUUCCUGGACAUUGGGUGGAAGUAAAUUUCCACGGCCGAAUUUUGAGCUGCAUUCCGCACCAGCCACUCGCAGAGGGAGCAUGGCGACACUGCAUUCCCUGCUCAACCCCGCCGAUACGGCGGAAGAAGAACAUGAAGACGAAGGUCCGCUUGAGGACCGCAAACGAAAACGACUGCAAUGA